AUGGCCGGUCGCGAAGAAGAUGAAAGAAGAUAUCCACGCAACUUACAGGGAGUAAUGCAGUUUGCUCUUAAUCAUUCAGAUGAUCCCACGAAUUCAUCUUCCAGUGCCUUCCAGGAAAUGAGUAAGGAGGUACAUGCUUCUAGAUUUGAAGUACAAAGCCACAGAUCCUCCCUCAGAUCACGAUCUGAAAAGCAGUUCUCCCUUCUAGCUGCUUUGCAUUUGAUUGCAAAUUAGUUAAGAGAAUUAAGUGUGAUAUCAAGGCAAUAUCCCUAAAUGAUGAAUUCGCCUUUUCUACUCAAUUGUUUCUAUUGCACUGGACAGUGUUUUGAGAUUGUGAGAAUUGGCAAGUUUACCCUUCAAGAUCUGAUUGUUAAUUCUCCCCUCUGGCUGCAGCGCAUUUCCUUGUAAAUUAUUUACAAGAAUUUGGUGUUAGAUCAAGAUAGAAACUUCUGUCUGAUAUGUUUGAGUAUACUCAUACCUGUUUGUUGGAUAAUAUAUGGAUAUCAUUGGGAGAAGUUCCUUUUUUAUCACAUCUGGGAAAUAAAAGGUUAAGCUUGGUUAUUACUACAACAUAUAAGACAAAUGUGAAGGGCUGUGAGCAGUAUUAAACAUAGGCAUGAGCACCAGGAAGACCAGAACAGAAGGUUUUUCACUACUUGUGCUUAGGAUCAUGCAUAAUUGUUAAGUGAGAAUGUGCGGCUACAGGCAUAAGCAUAUAUAUAGAAUGACACCAACCAAGCAUUCUAUGGAUGGUUAUAUACUUGUGUCUGUGUUGCUCACUCCUCACUGCUGGUUUGUCUAUGCUUGUGCUUGUACUUGUCAUUAUGAGAUGGUGACUGGUAGUGUAGUGAGGUAGAGAAUUAAGGUGAUUUCUCCGUUUUGCACCGCACAUCCUGUAUUGCACAUGAAAAUCACGUAGUUGGGGAAUAGGCUUAUGUGCCUUUCGAGAACAUGGUAUUGUUUUUCAAUCCAUGGACCAAGUAAAGGGGUACGAUGGUCUUUAGCUCAUGGACAAGCACAGUGACCUAUAUUGUUUAUGGCAUAAUUUUGGUGGAAAAUUUAUCCCUUUUAAAUUAGAAAAAAUGUUUAAAAAAUUAUUUGAUGGGAUAAAAGAUAAAGAUAAAAGUGUGCAUGAAGCCCAUUACUUGAGGAUGCAAAUUAUGACUUUGUAAGAAACAACUCAAGAAACAUUUUGAGUCAAUGUCAUUUAAAUUCGUGUGAUUUUCCCACAAAUUACAUAUUAAAUUGUUCCAUACACUUGAAACUUUCUACCUAUCAAGUGUUUUUUCAAGUGUUACUGUAAGACCCCUGACUGGUGAUUAGUGCCAGUACAGGUAUAAAUGGGGUAAGUUUGGCCUAUUACAUCUCUUAAACAAGCAUGAUGGCCUAUCUUUUAUAUUGUAUUUUUAGAAACAGACAUUGGUAAGGAACAUUAAGGAAAGUUUAAAAAAAUAGUUCCAUCAUUUUUUUUUCUGAGGAAUCACCUUAAGUCAGUUAUAUUUGGGCCAUGAAAUUGUGGGUGGCCAAAUGAACAGGGUUAUAGAAAUAGAUGAAGACUUGACAGCUGCCAUCAUAUUUGUUGCUAUGGAUAGAUAUGCAUAGUUGUCCUAUGCAAUUGUGGUAUUGAACACAUAAUUAUGCACUUGCCCGAAUAUUAGGCCAUCUGAUAGGAUUAAUAUGCAAGAAUUUCUUUGAAAACCACAAAAAUAGUCAUACAGACGUCCUUCUUUCUGUGCCUUUAUCAGUUAGAAUCAUUGUUUUUGUACUUUUGGUGGAGUCAUGUCACUCAAUAAUUAUGUUUUUCCUUUUAGAGAAGAGAAUGGCUCCAGGAAGCAUUAUCAUCUAUAGCUGAGGACACAGAUGUCAAAAGAAUGAUGAAAUAUUUACAAAUUUUGGAAAAACCUUGUGACACAAAUAAUGCUGAUGAUGACCUUGGGGAGAAGGAAGAUGCAUUUGAGGAAUUGUCCAUGAUUGUUGAAGAUUUAGAUAAUGCAAAUGGUAUGUACACUCCAUAACAAAUCAAGUGUUGAGCCAUUAACUCCCAACCUAUAAAUUUGCACUCACUCUGGUAAUAGUAAUAUCCUUUAUUUAAACAUGAUAGGGUUUAAAGCUCAAAGCUUGUGGGGUCCUGUAAAAAUAAUUACAAUAUGAAACUAUAUUAAAAUAGGGAUAACAUUACUUACAAAAUACAACUACCAUUAUGAUAGUAAAAAUUAAGAAAUAUUCUAUAAGUUUCGAAAAAGAGAAAUAUUAAAUGAGUUCAUGUGUUUACAUCUGAAUAAAUUGACUACAACAAUUACGGUAUAGAAUAUUUAGAAGCAUUUAAAAUCAUGGUAGCACCUGGGCAGCGACUGGACCAACUGUACGCUAAAAUCAAGUUCCUUAAAAUAAAAGUCCUUCUUCACUUUACAAUAGAAAUAUGUAAACUGGCCCGUAAAAUGAAACGAGACAGUGUUCCAAAAAGAGUUAAAGAGUGCAGGGAUGUCACAUGUAUGCCUGCACAAGAAACAGAAAAAAUGAAGUCAGCUCUAUUAGGGAGCUUAAUGUAAUAACAUUGGUUACAAUUUGACCAAGCACUAAUUUCAUUUGGAACUCUUUAAACCUCAAGAGUGACCAGCAUCUCAUUUCUCCUCACAGUAAUUCUGCUGAAUUAUUCAUGAAUUAUUUAAUCCUUAAGAGUGACUAGCAUCUAAUUUCUCCUCACAGUAAUUCUGCUGAAUUAUUCAUGAAUCCUUUAAUCCCUAAGAGUGACUAGCAUCUAAUAUCUCCUUACAAUAUCACUUCAAGUAUGUAUGCAUGUGAUUCUAAAGCUCAAACAAACAAACAUGAGGUCACACAAUACUCAAUAACACCUUCAAUAAUGAUAUUCAUUUGUAACAUGUUUUUGAAACAAGUAUACUGAGUAUUAUUCUCUGUGAGAAAAUGUCAUGCUACAUUUACUAUUGUAGAGUAUUUAAGUGAGACUCUUCACUUAUUGCAAGACUUGGUGACUUGUAUUUUUUUUCCAUUUUCUUUGAAGGCUUACUUUAUUUUAAAAACUCAGAUUAUUGAUUUUUAUCACAGAUUUUCACAAGAUUGGAGGCUAUCAGGUGAUGAUUAAAUGCCUCUCAAGUGAACACAGGUACACAUGUCUUGUCAAGAAAGCUCUAAAGUUGCAAAUAGUAAGAUUAAUAAAAGUAGCUUACAUGUAAUAGUAGUAUUGCUCACCAGUAAGGUAAUUAACUAAGCUUCUUUAUCAGUGUAAUUUUACUUCAUUAGAGUGUGAUCAUGCUUAUGCCAAUCCAAAACCUUAGAAGAGCAGCAUGUGGUGCAACAAUUUUAGAUAUCAGGGUCAAAUAAUAGAGAAACUCUGUCUUGACUGUUCCUGUGGAAUCCCUUCCUUGUCAUGGUAGGAUAGUUAACAUUUGUAAUUGAUAGAGACUGUGUCUCAUUGACAGUAAGAAGUAUGCUGGUGUAAGUCAUUCUGCUGGCAGACAAGUCAGAGGGCAGGAGAAUGAUUAACACCCUGUAAUUAAACCCCAAGAAUGACUAGCAUCUAAUUUCUCCUUAAAGCCUACUGCUGAAUAAUUCAUGAGAAUUAAGGAAAUGUUUGUGGACAUGGGAAGCUUUGAUUAUUAAACAAAUUCUCCUUGUCGGUACUAAAGCAAAAGAGAAGACUAGGAAGAAUAUGGAUUCAGAUGAUUAGGGUGUAUAGGGUGGGAACUGAUCAUCUGGCACUCUAGGUUAAGUGCAGGGCAUAAGGCCAAUAAUAAUACCCUUUGAGUAAAAGGAUCCAGUCAUUCAGUAAUAGAGGAGUCACCUAUAGUUGUGUGCUCCCUCACUUUCCACAGACUGCACUAAGUGGGCAGUCAGUAAGAGUAAUGACAUGAGUUCAUACCCAGCCUGAGGCAGCACAAGAGGAAAAAUGUCACCCUCCUCUCCUUCUCCUGUUCUCUGUAUAAUCAUUCUGCUGGUUAGGUACAAGCUAGACCAUACUCAAGGAUACAUGUGCCUGUAAUUCAAAACAAUGAGACUUAUAUGUACUAUUUAUUGUAUACUUAAAACAUAGCUAACAGUUACUAAAAGUGAUUCUAUUCUAUUGAUUUGUAGCUCUUUAAGAUGGAGAGCAGCUGACAUUUUGGCAGUGUGUGUUCAGAAUAAUCCAUACUGUCAAAAGGCAGCAAUGGAAAUGAACAUCCUUCCAACACUUACUUCUUUGCUUGAAACUGACCAGUUGGAUCAAGUGAGAAUCAAAGCUUUAUAUGCAAUAUCAGGUGAGUAUGAUGACCCUGUCAGGACUUAAAAUGCUUGUUACAAUUUUUUUUGUUUUUUUUAAUUGAAACUAAAUUUAGCAAUGGACUGCACUUUCCAUCAGUUUACCAGCAUAAUGACCCACACAGGAUGUUGGGAGAACAUGCCAUUAAGUUUUUAAAUCACAGGCCUCCAUGGUCUAUUGCUUUUAUAAGAAUUUUCAUUCCAACUUGUCCCCCAUAUAUGUUGCAAUGUCUUAUUAUGUACUGUGUCAAGGCCUCUAAACAACUGAGAUACAUGUGCAGCUCAGAACAUUCACUACACUGCACAAACUGUGACACUUCAUUUUUACUUCCUGACAAUUUUUAUUCAUGCUAGGUUUAACAAGAAGUUUUCCCAAAGCUGAGGAGGCAUUUUUAAAAGAUGAUGGAGUUUCGAUGUUAUUUCGAACAAUGCAAGCAGAAAAUGAAAAACUGAUAACCAAGUCUGCCUUCAUGACAAGGAAUUUGCUGAUGACAAAUCCUACACUUAAAGGUAUUGUCAAAAUACCUUUGUAAAUGCUCAUUAGUUCUUGUUUUUAUAGAUUAAAAUUAAUGAGCAACUAUAGUAGUUUUCUUUCUGAUUUUACAGUCCUAAUUUGAUUUGUGUAGUUACAGUUGUUAUUUUAUCUCUGACCAAGUUUUCUAAAUUAAGUGAAAAUAACUGUGGCUGUUGAGCUGGUGAUGUUGCUUUGACCUGAUACAACUCUGGUUAGGUUAUUUACUUUUUUUAAUUACUUUGCCUGCAUUCUUUGCAGAAACUCUCUUCAAGAUGGGCCUUACUGAGCAGCUUGUUGGAUUAUUAGGAGGUCCUCAGAAUUCCUCUCGAGCACACGUAAUAAAUCUGUUCAAGACCUUUGUGAUGGAUUAUCCACCAGCCAUAAAUGAGUGCCAAAGACCUGACUUUGAUUUGGAGAGACUUCUGUCAUCUAUAAUUACAUCCAGUAUGGAAGAUGACCCAGAUGCACAUGAGGUAACAUUGCAAUCUUUCGUCACAGAAAUGCAUAAUUGUGUUAAGUCUCAGCUAUCAGCAGCCUACACUACUUGGAGUAAUAUUCUCAUGUCCUUUGCUGUUCUACUGUGCUUGAUCAACAAAAUUAUUUUUACGAGAGACUUAGGUUUUAUAGACCUAAGAGCAGACAAAGACCACUUGGGUACUUUCUUUUACAAAUUCAUACUGAGAAUGCAGUAAUUCAAAGAAGGAAUUGAUGUUUGCAUUAGGAAGUCUGUUUGAGCUUUUCUCAUUACCUUUUGUGUGAAAAUAACUUUGUGUGACCAUCAUCAUCUCAUGACAAGCGGGUGGCUAAUUUCAAUAAUCUGACUAGAACAACUCCCAAGUGAAUUUUUAACAUAGUCCCCCAUCAGUAUCUUUGUAUAUUUCAAUUUUACUUUGUAUACAUGAUGCAUUCUGUGGAACAUUUGUCUAAAGAUUCUCAAGCACAGUUAUUUACUAACCCUGUAAAAUAUCAUUUCAAUGAAACAAAUCAGUGAUGAAAUUCUAUAUGUAACCAAUAAAAGUAAUGGAAGUGAUUGUCAUCAAAUAAAAUUUGUUUUUCUUUUUUUUUUCUAGGAUAUGAUCCUUAAUUGCAAGGAAUUGCUGAAUAUUUGCUUCAAAAAAUAGAAACAUUCUCAGCCCAGCUCUGGAAAUAAUUUAAGAUGGUUUACUGUUAAAUAAACUAAGUUCCAAUCCGCAAUCCUCUCAAAUUUGUGUUUGUUAAUUAGCUCUCAUGUUUUAAUAAGUAACUCCUAAGUAAACACUUUCAUUCCAGUAAGUGCCCUGUACCAUUAAGCACCCUUUAUUCCACUAAGCAUCAAUAGAAGUGCCCCUAUUCUGUUGUGUGUGGCAUUUUUGUAGUUUUCCCUGCAUUUGAAUCAAGUUAUUAAAUUGAAUAAAGUAGUCAAAUUAGCAUUGUUCUACAAAUUAGGUUGUUUUUGUGACAGUAGAUUUGAGAUGUGGAAUGAAAUAGCAAUGCACAAAUAAUUGUUGGUGGAAAAUGUCAACUGUUUAUGUGAUGUAGGCCUGAUUAACAACAACUGAUCACAUGCCCAGAUUCAACUCUGCAAAUAAAUUCAUUAAGUAUAUAUGACACAAGUGAAUAGUCCUUUUUGGACUCCCAGAUUGGCUGGCUCCAAAGUGAAUAGCAAGUACUAUUCACCUCUGGG